CGCCGCUCCAAGGCCGCCGCUCCUCGGCCGCCGCCAUGACGACCGCGUCCCCCUGGCAGGUGCGCCCCGACUACCAGCAGGACUCAGAGGCCGCCGCCAACCGCCAGAUCAGCCUGGAGCUCUACGCGACCUACGUCUACUUGUCCACGUCUUACUACUUGGAUCCCGACGAUGUGGCUUUGAAGAACUUUGCCAAGUAUUUUCUUCACCAGUCUCACGAGGAGAGGGAACGUGCUGAGAAACUGAUGAAGCUGCAGAACCAACGGGGCGGUCGAAUGUUCCUUCGGGAUAUUAAGAAACCGGCCCGGGGAUCCCUGGGUGGCGCAGCGGUUUGGCGCCUGCCUUUGGCCCAGGGCGCGAUCCUGGAGACCCGGGAUCGAAUCCCGCGUCGGGCUCCCGGUGCAUGGAGCCUGCUUCAAAAGAAACCGGCCCUGGGAGACGGGCCGAAUGCGACGGAGUGUGCGUUACACUUGGAAAAGAGCGUGAAUCAGUCGCUACUGGAACUGCACAAACUGGCCACUGAUAAAAAUGCCCCCCGCUUGUGUGGCUUCGUGGAGACUCAUUACCUGCACGAGCGGGUGAGAUCCAUCAAAGAAUUGGGUGGGCACGUGACCAACCUGCGCAAGGUGGGGGCCCCCGAACCUAGCAUGGCGGGGAUCUCUUUGACAAGCACACCUUGGGAACCGGUGAUGGUGGGAGCUAAGCCUUAGGCUGUCUUCCCAUAGCCAGAGGCGGUGCAUGCAUGUUGGCGUUACCUGUACCCCAACUAUGAGGGUAAGUUGUACCAAAACAUCCACUUCUUUCAUUUGUACCAUUCCUUCAAAUAAAGUAAUCUGGUACCCCCCAAAAACAAACAAAUGAACAAACAAACAAACAAAUAAAUAAAGCUUUAAUAGCAAAGCAUUACAUUGGA